AUGACAAGAAAAUAUACAAAGAAAUCGAGUGGAUCCACUGCAUCCACAACAAAUUCUACGGCAGAGAUUGUUGAUCUAACUACAUCGACUUCAAGUGUAGGAAAAAAGAGGAAGAGUCCAGAUGAAAAAGCACAACCAAUAACAAAGAAAGCAUUGAAUUCAUUAACACCAGUUCAAUCAAUGUUUGAAAAAUAUAAAGGUAAAAAUAUAAUUAAAGCAAUUCAUUAUACCUAUUUAUAUACAUAUAUUUUCAAUGUACAUUUAGAUGAUGAUGAAACAAUUGGGCCAGAAGGUAUAGCAAGAUUUUGUAGUGAUAUAGGCCUAGCACCAGAUAGUUUUGAGAUUUUAGUUUUAGCAUGGACAAUGAAUGCAUCUAAAAUGGGAUAUUUUAGUAAGAAUGAAUUUAGUAGUGGAUUUGAAAAAUUACAAUGUAGUGAUUUAUCAACAUUAAAGAAACAAUUAAAUAGCACUUCACAAAAAUUAAAACAUGAUUCAACUAAAUUCACAGAUCUUUAUAAAUAUGCAUUUGGGUUUGCAAGUGAAGUAGAGAGUAAAAAGUCAGUAGAUUUAGGUACAGCUGCGGAAAUGUUAAAACUAUUAUUACCUGAAGGUCCGCAUACUACAAAUUUUGCUGCUUUUUUAUGUACACAACCAAAUAAAUCAAUUAAUAAAGAUCAAUGGUUAUGCUUUUUAGAAUUCUCAAGAACUGUAAAAGCAGAUUUAUCAAAUUAUGAUGAUUCAGAAGCUUGGCCACUUCUUCUUGAUCAAUUUUCAGAGUGGGUUCAACAAGAGAAAAGGAUAUAA